GACUCGAAUUCAUAAUGUGCAAAUGACGUCACUGGCCGUCGGGAUUUCAGCCAAUCGCUAGCGAGCAACGCGUGGCGUCAACUGGUAAACAAACAGAAGCCUGGCGGCCAUUACAGUCUGAGGCGCAAGCAAGAAAUAAAACGUUUGUGGUGCGCGGCCAUGAAAGACCCGAGACUAAGUCACGCGACGCUCGCCGCCGACACAGCCCCGAGCGACCGAAGCGACGCACGGGAUUCCGACCCGUUCGCCGAGUACGUGUGGAUGGAGCACGAGGAGGAGUUCGACAGGCAGGUGGAGGAGGAGUUGUGGGAGGAGGACUUCAUGGAGAGGUGCUUCCAGGAGAUGCUGGACGAGGAGGAGGAGUCGGAAUGCUUCGUCCCGUCCAGAGACCUGCCGGACGACCGUGGACGCGCGGUCGACUUGCCGACAAACAUGAUCAGUGUCCUGAACCCCAACGCCAAGGAGUUCACGCCGGGCAUCCAGAAGCACGUCAUGUGACCGAUCGACAAAACGGCCGCAGCUUCUCUCCCCGUCGGUGUGUGGGCGUGCCCCGAAUGUAUUUGUGCACUCUGAUUGGUUCAAAUGUUAUGUCGUGUUGCGCUGUUUUGGCUUCAGGUAGGUGCCGUGUUACCCACAAUGCUUUGCUACAGUUGCACGCUGCUGUCUUGUUUUUCUAAAGGCACUAAUCUACUGUAGAGAGCACAAAAUGUUAAAAAAACAUCUAUUUUUCUUAAACUAUUUGGAAAUAAAUGUUUACGGAAGAAAAUGUGUUUUUGUACUCUACAUUUGAAAUCAUUUAAUAAGCUGACCCAACAAAGUGCUAAAAUAUAUCUAUAUUGUCAUAUAAAUCUAACGAACAAUGUGGUUCCACGACUGACGCGACAUCCGCCGAGUUGCAUCACUUGCAGCGCGUGUGUGGUAAAUACAUUAGCAUUUUGAAAUCAAAAGCCAUAUUGUUUGAGCUGGGUCAUCAAAUAAAAACACGUUAGCAGCAAAAAGUA